AUGGGCUCCCUAAUGAAGACCAUCGCAUCGGGUGUCGGCCUCGCCGCCGAAGCAAUCGCCUCCCACAAGGAGAAAUCUCGUCUACAAUCGCACGCAAAACCCUCAACGCAAAGCCCACCAUAUUCUCAACAAGGCUUCAGGGACGAACCGCCUUCAUACGACGACGCAGUCUCCCCCAGCACUCACAGCAGAUCCGCCACCCCAGCAGAGAAGCCGCCCAGAUCGCGCGAGAAAUCGCCCGCCACGGAAGACCAUCUGUACCGGUCAGAUGAUCCGGACGAAACAGCCUGGGCACUCGACGAGACCGUUCCGGAAACCUCAUCCGCAGAGCACUCCACGAAGCAGAAGUCUCACCUCGGUUUAGACGCCCAGCCCACGCUCUCCUCCCUCGCAGACAUCGUCAUGGCGGCCUGCGCUACUCCUCUCCACCCGGCUCAACCCCUUCCUCUCCCCGUUAUCAUCCCCCAACGCCGCCCCGGCAACAAAGACCGCGGUUUCGUCCGUGCGUACGCGCCCUCCCUCGCCCCGGCAGGCAUCUCAGAAGAAACCUUCUUGUUGUUCUUGACAACCUUCCACACAGCGGCCAAAGCCAGUCCGGUAUUGAAUGUGGUUAUGCUGGGUAGUGCGGUCGCCGGCUUUAUGCCGAGUAUUGCGGCGAAUGUGACGGGUAUGGUUGUAGGGGCUGCGGCGCGCAUGGCAGCGGAGAGCCAGAAACAGGGGAGGAGGAAGGGGUUUUUGGAGGUGAUGAAUGAGCGGCUGUUUGAGCCGAGGGGGUUGCUUGCUGUGGUGGUGAUGAUUGGAGAGGAUGGUCAGGAGGAGGGGCAAGUGGGGGCUGGGGGCGUGAAGGGAGUGAUGAUGGAUUUGGGCAAGAGGAGACUGACGACGGGGAGGGGGAGUGGUGGGGAGGUGGAGUUGAUGGAUUCGGCGCCGCUGAUUUUUCCACAGUCUGAGCUGGGAGGGGAGAUGGUUGAAGGCCAAGGAGAGGGAGAAGGAGAAAGCAAGCUGAAACGAAGCUGGAGAUUCGUGGGCGACUAUUAUGACCAGCGCGCCCGCGCUGCGUAUGCGAGUGAACAUCCGGGCUCGAAGAUGGUGCCGAUGGGGAUGGAACCUAGCUUCAAGUCGAAGCUGAGUGAUCCGAAUCAUCCGGCAUUUCAGGGAGGCUUGUUGACGUUGGCGACGGGCGGGCUCAUUCCUGGCCGCGGAAAUUCGGGCAGAGAAGAGCGGAGGGAAGGAAAUGGAAUGGAACGUGAAGGAUGUAGGGGGAGAGAUGGGCCAUCAAGAAGGCCUGGGGGACCCAUUGGAAUGCUGAAGGAGAAGAAGAGGAAGAUGAAAGCUGGGAUGCUGUACCUGAUGAUUGUGAAUUUGCCUAGUGAAGAGGAGAUGGCUGCUGCGAGGGGGGCGUUAGAGGAAGCUGAGAGGAAAGCGAAGGGGAGAGGAGGAUGGGGUGGACGCAUCACCCUCGAAAAAUCCAACAGUAAUGUGUCUCAGCCAUUUUGUGAUCGCCCUGCACCCCCAGGUUCGACACUCAUACAUGAAGAAGUAGGCUUCACCUUCUUUGGCUGGUGGAAGCCCUUGACCUCGACUGUUUGUAUCGAUAUCUUUGACGUAGCGUAUCAGAUCCGGGUUGGGCAAUUCAAGAGAGACAAUUUUACUCGAGAGCAAUCCCCAUUUGACGUGGAUUAUGAGGACUUGCCAGCAUACGACGUAAAUAUCUUGUAUAGUGUUGUUUUCAGUCAUCUGAAGGCGUCUUACUUCCUGCGUGUCUCCAUUCAUGGGGUGAUAGCCGGUCAAAGAGUUGCGCAUACUUUUACUGUAUACGAGGAUAAGCCGAACAGCGUCUCCUCCACUCCGAGUAAUGGCGCGGAGGUCAAUUUCUCAGCACCAACGCACGAAGAGCUUCUAAAACGAUCAGCAUCGGCGUCCGGAUGGGGCCUUGCUUUGUCAGCUAGACAUGUGGCAAAUGCCAAUGAUGCCAGAUCUGUAUCAAAUGUUUGCAGUGAGGGGUUUAGGGGCUCCACUCCAUUCGAUCUAAAUUGCAACAGACUCAAAAUUAUCGGAUAUUGGCAUCCUCAGUCAACAAGGCUAUGUUUUGACGUCUGCACGAAUGAUGGCACACAAAUAGCCCACAACUUAAUAGACAAUUUCUCAUGGGGUGGAGAGCAGCCAAUUAUUUAUUGGACUGUCCCCGACUACAGAAUCCGUCUCGGUUUUUAUUUCAAGUCAGAAGCCGAGGCAGCCGAAGCAUUCCAUGUCGACUUUGAUGGUACAAUUUAUGGAGAGCAUGUGGUGAACAACUGGUUCAUCAAACGUUCGGCUAUCUUGCCAUCUUCGAUCAAUCCUAUGCUGCUAGCAGUACCUGAUCCACCAGGAGUGGCAACAUCUCGUCGGAGUACGGAACUGUCAACAGAAGCCAAAACAAAGCGUGAUAGCAACACUGCAUCUGCCAAUGGCAUCGACACUGCUCAAAAUCGUGAUUGCGGCCAAGGCCCCGAAGGAUCCACCGCCAUUAAUGAGAAUCGCUUUCAAGGACGUAUGACGAUGACAGGCUACUGGCAUCCGCCAACUUCAUUUCUGUGCGUUGAUUUUUGGGACAGCGCUCGCCGAAAGCUUGUGCAGUAUGGGAGUAAUCGCUUUAAUUUCAAUCAUGGGGGCCAGUAUUCGGUCAGAAUCUACCGUGGCGUCUACCGUAUAUCGGCCGAUAUGUGGUUUCAACGCCCGCAGGACGUGAACCAAGGCUUCAUCAUGGGACUUAAUGGGUAUAUUAAUGGAGCCUUCUAUAACGAUCAUUGGACCAUUUCCCGGAGCUCUGAGGCCUCGUUGAGUGCGACUUCGUCGGGCCUGGCGUCCCCACUAGGAAGUCAAGCACCUUCUACAUCGAAUUAUACAGGUGGUAUAAUAUUAACAACUUUCAACGGUACGAAUGGCACCAUGGCAAAUUCGGGAGCUUGUGGUAGCGGCCCCGAAGGCUCAACUCCAAUAGACACCAACUACGGCUUCAGACUCAAAGGUUACUGGAGUCCCACAAGCACAACACUCUGCCUCGACGCCUCAGAUGAUAGUGAACCAAACAUUGGCCACUUCGAAACGAACAAAUUUGACUUCGCAGGCACCCCUUUCAUUCCAUCUGUCCACGAGAAAGGCUACGAGGUCGACUUACGGUUCUGGUUCGCCCAGCCAACUGAGGUCAAUCAGAUAUUCCACGCCUCUCUUGUCGGCAUUAUACGUGGGGACAAAGUCGCUUUCAACUGGGAGAUUCAGCGGAACGAAGGGGUUCUCACCGCUGUUGAUUCCGGGAUUGCGACCUCACGGCGACGACGGAAUCUGCAGCUCUACACCGGCGCUGAAGCCACGGCAAAUCAAGGUUCAAACGUUACUGUUGGUAUACCCAAAGAAUGUGGUGCAGGAUGGCCUGGUUCCAUACAGUUUGAGUCGAAUGAUCUUGGAUUUAAGUUGAAUGGCUUCUGGCAUAUCCGACGCCACACCCUCUGUAUCGACGCCUCUGAUCUUGAGACCCAGAGAUGGCUUUUCAAACGAUGGAACGAAGAUUUUGGCACCAAUGGUCCACGUGGGAGGCGCGAUGCGUUCUUCUACACCGACCUUAAAACUCCUCCGGAUUACCAUUUACAGAUCACGAUCUUCUUCAAAUCGAGCCAAGACCUUGGACAGAGAUUCAAUGUGUUUGUGCAGGGGACAGUUCGAGGGCUUGCGCAGAUUCAUGAAGUGACUAUCAAUAGCGACGGGACGGUCGAGCCUCAGAUGGCAGAGACGGAGAACAUUGACAGUGCAGCUAUCUCGAUAUCUUGA